AUGCAAUGUGCCGAGUCGACUCAUAGACUCUGUCUUGCGAGACCUGUCUUGACAAUGAAGAGUUCAUCCCUAUUUGUUCUACUCAUCUUGGCCUUGGGCUGCAUCCCAGAUGUUGCCAGUGAAGAUGAAAUUCAGGAUCCAUGCAUUGAUUUCCGAGCAUUUGCAAAUGGAGAAGGAAGACUUGACUGCACGAGAGAAAAUGACCCCGUCAGUGGUCCUGAUGGCAAAACCUAUGGCAAUAAGUGUACCAUGUGUGCAGAACUCUUCCUGAAAGAAGCUGAAAACAAAACAAAAGAUGAUAAGAGAGAUGGCAGAAGUGAUGAAGAGGAAUUUUGUAAAGACUUUGCAAACAAUGUAAAAAAUGGAAUACUCCCUUGUACACGAGAAAAUGAACCUGUUCGAGGCCCUGAUGGAAAGAUGCAUGGAAAUAAGUGUGCUUACUGUGCAAAAUUCUUCAAAAAACAAUAUGACAAGGAAAAAAAGAAAGCUGAUGAAGAUCUUAGGAUGUCUAAAGAGAAGAAUAAGAUUAAAAGAGAAACAGAGGCAAUUUGCGAUAGAUUCCGUGACAUGCUGAAGGACAACAAACUCUACUGCACCAAGGAACAUGACCCUGUCCGAGGCUUUGACGGAAAGCAAUAUGGGAACAAAUGCUACAUGUGUGAAGCCUUCUUCAAAGCAGAAGCUGAAAAAAAGAAGAAAAAUGAAAGAUUAAGGACUAAGAGAGCACUACCAACUCGUGCCUAUGUCUUACAAUUGUGCAAAACUUUCCCUGAUUUGAUGAAGACUGAAGAAUACCCCUGCCAUAAGAUACUUGACCCCACCAGAGGCUUAGAUGGGAAGAUGUAUAAUAACCCAUGUCAAAUGUGUAACGCCUUCUACAAAGCAGAAUUCAGAGAAAAGAAAAGAAAUGAAAGAUUUAGGACUAAGAGAGAACCAGCAACCCGUGCCUCAAUCACAGAAAUAUGCAAUGAAUUCCGGGACAUGCUGAAAAAUGGCAGUCUUCCCUGCACCAGGGAACAUGACCCUAUCCAAGGGUUAGAUGGGAAGAGUUAUGGGAACAAAUGCUCCAUGUGUCAAGCUUUCUUUCAACAAGAAGACAAACUAAAGGCAGCUGCGGUGACCAGUUCAAUGACAAAGAGAGAAGCUGCCAAGGAUCUGUGCAGUGAAUUCCGAGACCAAGUAAGGAAUGGGAGGCUGGCUUGCACCAGGGAGAAUGAUCCUUUCCGAGGUCCUGAUGGCAAAAUGCAUAACAACAAGUGUUCUAUGUGCGCCAAAUUAUUCAAACUGGAAGAGGAAGAGAAGAAAGCCAAAAAUGAGAAAGAAAAAGUAGCUACAGAAAACAAGGUUAAGAGAGAAGCAAUUCAGGAACUGUGCAGUGAAUAUCGAAACUACAUAAGGGAUGGUCGCCUUCCCUGUACUCGAGAGAAUGACCCCAUUCUGGGCCUGGAUGGAAAGAUGCAUGGGAAUACAUGUUCCAUGUGUGAAGCUUUCUUCCAACAAGAAGCUAGAGAGAAGGCUGCCACUGCAUCCAGAGCAAUCACAAAGAGAGAAGCUAUCGAGGAAACAUGCAAUGAAUUUCGGAGUCUUGUGAGGAUGGGCAAUCUUUACUGCACCAAAGAAAAUGAUCCAGUUCGGGGCCCGGAUGGAAAAACACAUGGCAAUAAAUGUGCCAUGUGUAAAACCUUUUUCAAGAAAGAAAAUGAUGAAAAAAUGAGGAAGGAAGAUGAAGAUCGGAGAAAUGCUGAAAGAAAUAACCAUGGGGGUAGUGGAGCAGGAAAAUCUGAGGACAAAUGUGCUGAGUUCCGGGAAGAAUGGAAAAAAGGAAGUCUCAGUUGUACCCGUGAGAGUGACCCUGUGCGUGAUGCUAGUGGCAAAUCCUAUAAUAACAAGUGUGCUAUGUGUAAGGAAAUCCUGGCUAAAGAAGCUGAAGAAAACAAGAGAGUUGCUGAGAACAGGCAAAAUAAUAGUACUACUUAUGAAAAGAUCAACUGUGAUGAGUUCCGUAACCAGAUGAAAGAUGGAAAACUGAUUUGUACACGAGAGAGUGACCCAGUUCGCGGCCCUGAUGGCAAGACCCAUGGCAAUAAAUGUGCCAUGUGUAAACAAAUUUUAGAAAAGGAAGCUCAAGACAAAAAAAGCAGUGAUAACAAAAACAAAGACCAGGAUGAGUGUCAUGAAUUCCGCAGUCUAAUGAAUAAUGAAAAAUAUAUCUGCACCAGAGAGAAUGACCCCAUUAAAGGCCCAGAUGGCAAGAUGCAUGUCAAUAAAUGUGCCAUGUGCCGAGCUGUCUUUGAGAGAGAAGCCAAUGAAAGGAAAAGAAUACAAGAAGAAAAAGUGUCCAAUGACAACAAAGCAAAUGACAAGUAUAAAUGUCAUGAUUCCCAGAGCCAACGGAGCAGUGGCAAUCUUGCACCUUGCAGGGCUGCUGACCAUGUUCAAGUUCGAGCUAUAGUUAAUGGAGAACCUAAGGAGAGAAAUGAAGAAAAAUCAUAUAUCAAUUCUGUGGAAGAAGAAAAAAACGCAAGUAAACCAUUUUUUUCUGUGGAGUCUGAAAUGUGCCAGAAGUACAGAGUAAUUCCCAGAAUGGGCUACCUGUGCCCAAAGAACUUGCAUUGGGUGUGUGGUGAGGACGGCAAGACAUACAACCACCCUUGUUUGCUGUGUCAUGAAAAUCUGUUACAUCACACCAACAUCCGAAUGGUGAAGGAAGGGAAGUGUGAAGAUGGGCCUAGAGAACCCCUCCCAUUAAAUUCUUCAGGCAUUAACAAUCCUGAGCUACUGGGGAAAGGACAUACUGAUUUUCAGUCUUCCAUCCUAUUCCCGGACUUUAUGAUCCUGGUGUGGAGAAACAUGCUGCAUUCAGCCAGUGCUCUGAGGCCCCUGGUCACGGUGCUGUCUGUCCAUCUGCUUGUGCAAUAA